AUUCUCCCUCCACCUUCUUCAUCAUCGCCCACCAUCAUCAUCCUCUCUCUCCCUCCUGUCUGUCUGUCUGGGUCUCCCCCCACCCUCCCUCCUCUGCCUUCCCCCCCCUCCUCCUCCUCAGUGAAGGCACGGCGACAAAAGAGAGAGAGAAGAAGAAGAAGAGAGAGGGAGGCUGCAGACUUUCCGACCAGAGAGGAAGAGGAGAGGAAGAAGAGAUCUCCAUCUUCGCCAUAAAGCAAUCAUGACUCUGGAAGACGGCUUCUGAAAUUCAGUUUGGUAUAAAAAAACUCUUCCGCUACAGAACCAGUGCCACACCGAGCUCUGACCAGAUGGAGGUGAAUGCGGUUAAAAAACGCCAUCGCACACGAUCCAAAGGAGUCAGAGCCGCCGUGGAGGCAGUGACACAGGAGUUAUUCAGCUGUCCCACUCCAGGCUGUGAUGGCAGCGGUCAUGUCAGCGGGAAGUACGCCAGACACCGCAGCGUCUACGGCUGCCCGCUGGCCAAGAAGAGGAAGGCUCUGGAAAAACAACCGCUGGAGCCGGCUGCCAAGAGGAGGCCCUUCCUCAACCCUUGCACCGGGGGGGAGGAGGCCAGCGGCGUCUACACCAACUACCAGAAUGAAGCCAUGGCCGUGGGGGGAGGUGGGAAGGAGCAGGGGGAGGUAGUGGAGGAGGACGAGGAGGAAGAGGACACGGGUAGAGAAGGUGAUGAAGACGUGGAGGACGAGUUCUCGGAGGACAACGAGGAGCAAGGGGAGGACGAGGAAGAGGAAGACGAGGUAGAGGUGGAGAGAGCGGUUACGACAAUGGGAGGAGAACGGGCGGAGGAUGACGAAGAAGAGGAGGACGAGGACGAUGGGAUGUACGAGGAGGAGGAGGAAGUGGAGGAUGGGGACGAUGAGGAGGAGCAGGAUGAUGAGGGAGAAGAAGACGAUGAGGAGGAAGAUGAGGAGCCGAAUCGUCAGCGUGUAGACAACCACUACAAACCCGCUGGACAAUCAAAACUACUUCCUAUCCAGAAAGACGACAACAACAACCACAGCUGCACCAUCAGCGCGGGAAACGGCACCGGGGAGGAUUACGAGAACUACGACGAGCUGGUGGCCAAGUCGCUGCUGAACCUGGGGAAGAUCGCCGAAGACGCCGCCUACCAGGCCAUGACGGAGUCCGAGAUGAACAGCAACUCAUCCAACAGUGCCGGGGAAGACGACGACGACGACGAGUACAGCAAUCACGGCGACCGGAAAGGCGAACUGAGCGUGGAUCUGGACAGCGACGUGGUGCGGGAGACGGUGGAUUCCCUGAAGCUCCUGGCGCAGGGACACGGCACCAUGAUGCCCGACGACGGCUACCCGGAUGUCGGGGACGGUAUCGGCCACGCUAACGGGCGACCGGGCAUCGGGGUGAGGGUCCAAGCGGACGAGAGCGAGGAGGAGGUUUGCCUCAGCAGUCUGGAGUGUUUGAGGAACCAAUGCUUCGACCUGGCUCGGAAACUCAGCGAGACACAAUCCUGCGAUCACCCGGCGCUCCACGCUCUUCACCACCAACUCCAAAACCCCACAGACCACCAGAUGAUGCACCACCUCAACAGGUACGACAGCUGUCAGCAGAGUGCGCAGGAGGAGCAGCGGUCUCUGGAGCGCAGCUACUCCGACAUGGUGAACCUGAUGAAGCUGGAGGAGCAGCUGAGCCCGGGCUCCAGAGGUUACCCCACCAGCUGCAGCCAGGAGGGCGAUGAAGACACCACGUCGGUGGCCUCCGACCGCUCGGACGACCUUGACAUGGCCAAAGGAAACCUGUCGCUGCUGGAGAAGGCCAUCGCCCUGGAGUCGGAGAGGGCCAAGGUCAUGAGGGACCGCAUGGCCUCGGAUCACUCGCUGCCCCGCCGGGAGCACCACCACCACCACAGAGGCCACGGCGAACACAGCUCCAGGCUGAGCUGCGCCGGCGAGGAGCGAAAGUCCAGGAUGCACCACGACGGGAUGAAGAGGGCGUACUACCCUAAAGACUCUUCCAGGGGGGAGAAGAAGGAGAGUAAGUGUCCGACGCCUGGCUGUGACGGGACGGGUCAUGUGACGGGUUUGUACCCACACCACCGCAGCCUGUCCGGGUGUCCUCACAAAGACCGAGUCCCGCCUGAGAUCCUUGCCAUGUAUGAGAAUGUUUUAAAGUGCCCCACUCCCGGCUGCUCAGGACGGGGUCAUGUCAAUAGCAACAGGAACUCGCACCGCAGUCUGUCCGGUUGUCCCAUCGCUGCUGCAGAAAAGAUGGCGAAGGUCCACGAGAAGAUCCUGCCGGCCGAGAGCGGCAGUAAGACGAGUCAGACGUCAGACCGGGUCCUCAGGCCGAUGUGUUUCGUGAAGCAGCUGGAGAUUCCUCAGUACGGCUUCAAAAACAAUGUUCCCACCAGCACGCCGAGGUCAAACCUGGCCAAGGAGCUGGAGAAAUAUUCCAAGACGAGCUAUGACUACGGCGGAUACGACAGCCAACACGGCGCCUACGGAAAAAGAGGCCCGACAUCCAAGUCCCACCACGGGCGGGACACCUCCCCGAAGGGAUUCGAUGUGAAGCGCUACUGCAAGACGUCGAGCCCGGCCAGCAGUACGACCAGCAGCUACGCCCCGAGCAGCAGCAGCAGCCUGAGCUGUGGAGGAGGAGGAGGAGGUGGAGGAGGAGGAGGAGGAGGCGGAGGAGGAGGAGGAGGAAGCAGCGCGAGCAGCACCUGCAGUAAGAGCAGCUUCGACUACACUCACGACAUGGAGGCGGCGCACAUGGCGGCCACGGCCAUCCUCAACCUGUCGACGCGGUGCAGGGAGCUCCCCCACGCCCUGGGGGGGAAAUCCCAGGACCUGCUGACACAGAUCUCAGCGGUCAACUUGAGCCCGGUGGGUGACCUGGAUGACAGCGGUGCGGUUGAUGUUGGCGGGCAGCCCGGGGGUCCGGAGGGCAGCGGCACGGUGUUGACCCCCCUGCAGCCGAUGUCGCCCCAGCGGCAGGCCCUGCUCAGCAGCCGAUGCUACCAGCUGAGCGAAGCCGACUGCUGGGAUCUGCCCGUCGACUACACCAAGAUCAAACGGCUCGGGGACGAGCACGACCACAAAGAGUCUUCUUAUUUCUCGUCCCUGCACCAGAGCGAUGAGAUGGACCCAUUCCAGGAGCUGAUGGACGAGCAGCGCUACCCGGCUGAGGUCACCAUGCCCAGCCCCAAACACCACAAGUACCCGCCCUGCAAGGAGGGCAAGAAGGAGCUCAUCACGUUGUCGAGCUGCCAGCUGGCCGACAAGAACAUCCGCGGGAUGAUGAGUCCCAACGCACAAGAACUCAGGUGUCCGACCCCCGGCUGCGAUGGAUCUGGACACAUCACUGGAAACUAUGCCUCCCACAGGAGUUUGUCCGGUUGUCCACGAGCCAAGAAGAGCGGCAUCAAAAUCCUCCACAGCAAAGAGGACAAGGACGACCAGGAGCCAAUCAAGUGUCCGGUGCCGGGCUGUGACGGACAGGGUCAUGUGACGGGGAAGUACGCCUCCCACCGCAGUGCGUCGGGCUGCCCACUGGCGGCGAAGCGGCAGAAGGACAGCUACGUCAACGGCUCGCAGUUUGUCUGGAAGUCCGGGAAGACGGACGGCAUGAGCUGCCCGACCCCAGGCUGCGACGGAUCGGGACACGUCAGCGGGAGCUUCCUCACCCAUCGGAGUCUAUCCGGUUGUCCCCGUGCCACCUCGGCCAUGAAGAAGGCGAGGAUGAGCGGUGUGGAGAUGCUGACAAUCAAACAAAGAGCAAGCAAAGGCAUCGAAAAUGAUGAAGAAAUCAAACAGCUGGAUGAAGAAAUCAAAGAUCUGAACGAGUCCAACAAUCAAGUUGAGUCCGACAUGAUAAAACUGAGGACACAAAUAACUACGAUGGAGACGAACCUGAAGUCCAUCGAGGAGGAGAACAAGGUGAUCGAGCAGCAGAACGACUCGCUGCUGCACGAGCUCGCCAACCUCAGCCAGUCGCUCAUCAACAGCUUAGCCAACAUCCAGCUUCCACACAUGAGACCGCUGCCACAGAAAGAGGCCCCAGUAAAGCAUAACUGCUGUUUACAGAUGCCUCCCAGAGAGCCAAUGAAUGAACAGAACUUUGACACUUAUGUGAGUACAUUGACAGACAUGUACACUCACCAGGACCAGUACCAGAGCCCGGAGAACAAGGCGCUGCUGGAGAACAUCAAACAGGCCGUUCAGGGUAUCCAGGUCUAGCCCUGGCCGAGGCCAAAAUAACAAAUGCAAAGCAAAAACAACAACAACAAAAAAAAAAAGAGGGUUACGGGUUGUUUUUUGCUGCUGUAAUCUACCAUAGUUCUUUUCAUUCUACUGCUGUUAUGCUCUCAACUUCAUGGGUAUCGUUUCUUAUCAUUUUGAUUGUUGUUGCCUUGCUUUGAAAAACAACGUUUUAAACGAACAUUCACGUUUUGUACAUUUUCAUAUGACCUAAUAUAAUGUGAUGUACUGUUUAUAGCUGCUAAUGUAUGCACAUUCUAGUGUAUAUGUAUUUAUUUAUUGUAAGCUUGAAUCAUUUCUUAUUUUAACGCGAAAAAACUGGGCGUCACGGGUUAAAGGGGGAGCAGAAAGGAAAAAGGGAAAGCUGAAGAGCAAUCAUUUUUGAAAGGCUUUUCUCCUGAGCUGAAAACAGGUUGUUUAAUGGAUGUAAUUCAUUAGUUUUUGUAAUGUUUGAAAAGUUGACACUUAUAUUACUGUAAAUCUUUAGCUAAAGUAGAAGAAGAACCAAUGCUAUAAGCGAUAAGAUUUCAAACAUCAUGACACGGAAACUUACUGGUGCAAAUCCCAUCAUCCCCUUCGGAGUUGUUUCGUUUAAACUUGUCUUUGUUGCUGCGGAGAGCGAAGGAAAGACCAAUGGCUACAGAAAACGUAGGAGACAAUCUGCCAUUCAGAAUUUUUUUUAAUCAUCAACCUUGAGCUAGCUAAUAUGGCAAUGUGUCAGCAAUAUUGGUAUGAUAAGAUUAAAUUGUUUGUUUAGAUAUGGGAUGCAAUCUAUAUGAAAAAAAGUUUGGGUAUAUGCAAUUUCUUAUGAAUAAAGCUAGCAUAGAGCAGAUAGAUCUUUUUACUAACUAUAAAUGUAUUGCGUUUUGUAUAACCUUUUACUACAAUCAUGUUUUAGGAAUCUGACGCGGGUGAAAGGACUUUGGUUCUGUCAUGUUCGACUUUGCACAGGGACACCUUUGUUUCCAUGUUUUGAUGUUUUUAUUGUCAAUGAAGAGGCACUUGGCAGGCGUAUGGAUUUGUAGGUAUGAUUUUUUCUAUCUAAAGGCUGACGGCUCCACUGGACUUACAGGGUCAAACGUCCCCAUCCGUCAUUGUAUAUUGCACUCGUUCUGUAGAAAACGUCUUCAAUCAUGCAUCCUAUUGUGUGAGACACAAUGGGAAAUGAUGGCAGACGACAUGAUGACCAAGCAGCACUUUGUAUUAUUAUCUUUGAUUGUUAUUGAAAAGAUGAAGAAAAACUAAGCCAGCAGUCGUGAACGCGACGUCUGCGCACUGAAUUUACCGACUGAGUAUUUGAUCUGAAUCGGCCUUACGUUGACAUUCGGUCUGAAAUCACAGUCCUGACUGAAAAUGUUUUCUGAACACCGUCGAUCAUGCAUGCACUUUAUUGGAGUUUGUCAAAGUAUUAUCACGUGGUAAAUGAAGCAAAAACUGUACAGCGAGUUUGUGGAAACUGUGACUUUGACAAGACUUUGUGCUGGUGAUUCCUGUAAGAAAGAAUCCUGAAACAGAUUUAACUGAGAAGAUUGCUCAUUUAAAGGACCCCCCACCUCUGGUCCCCCUACAGAGUUAACCUCCACCGCUUUCAGAUGUACAGCAUUUUGGAAGGAUCACAUCCAAACUCAAAGUUCAAAACCCAGCUUUCUGCGCUCAUCCUUAACGAAGAGUGGAAAGUUUAGGAUUGAUGUUUUAUUCAUUUUGAGCUCACUUUGAGUCCUUCUUGGAUGAUAACUUUGGCCCAUAAGCCUUUGUCACACCUGGCUUUAUUUCUCAAUGGCUACAAUGGCUUAUUGGUUAAUGGGUAUUGAAAUAUCUAGAGCCACCCACCAUAACAUAUUGGCAAUAAAAUAUUGUGAUUCCUCAAAUGAUAAAUCAUCAAUCUGGUUCAGUGUUGAACUUCAACCUGAUCCCAGAGGAGCUCAGUUGCAGAUUUCCUACUUUUUUCAGAAUGCCUUUCAAUAGAGUGAGGGAUUGAAAGUCGUUGCGCUCAAUCAAAUAAUACAUACAACAGUUUUUGCUCUGAAGUUGCCACCCCAAACGUUCCAUGUGACAAUAUGUGCAGCAUUUCUUUUGAUAAAUCAAGAUAAUUAGGAGCUGGUUGGGUUUGAAAUACACACUUUAACUCACUUUCAAUAGCUCUAAUGUGUAAAAGGGAUAUAUAUGUAUAUUAUUUAAAAGACAUUUAAGGGGAAAAUCAAGUGUUAACCAUCUUCAAUCGGAUCCAGUUUCCAAUCAGUCCAGUUUCCCACAGGAAGGAAAAGUAAACAUCAAACGGCUAACUGUGGGGGGGGGGGGGGGUCCUUUAAAGAUGCUUCUUCUUUGGACUUUUACUGCAAAGCCUCAUUCCCUGACUUCACAUCUCUGUCCAAAGCUUUGUGUCUGCAGCUUCCUGCCAGUAAACUUCUGCAUUAGAUAGACUGACAGCUUGUAUUUUUUAUUUAGUGGGUUAUUCUUAACUGAAAACAAAGGAGACGGGAGUUAAAGCACAAUUCUGCCACUUAAAGACAAUUCAAUAGACUAGAUAUUGUAAUAUCAGAUGUAAAAGCUAAACUGUAAGUAUUUACAUAGAAAAUCUCAACACUAACAUGUGACAUGCUAGAAUGCAAAAGAAAUCCAUAUGAAUAUUUGUGAAAUCAUCGGUUUAUGGAAAUGUUACAGUUUCUUUGGGCGGUGCGUUGAUAAAGGGGUUUUUAUACAACAUUCAGUUUCUCUCCUUUUACCCCUUUUUCUGUGUCACUCGCAAACUUUCAACCGCAGUUUUUCUUACCACAUGGCAUGGGUUUCGUUGAUAUUUUUGCUGUAUGUUUAAGGUCACGAGAUGCUACGUGAUAUUUUAAUUUGACUUGUGAAGUUUGUACAAUUUUUAUCAUGCUGGUGUUGGCAUCUCUUGCUCUGAAUAA